AUGGCUUCCUUAUCGACGAUGAUCACUCAACCGUCGUUAGUUCACAUUCCCGGCGAAUCCGUCCUCCAUCACGUACCAAGCACGAGCUCUUUCCCGUGGAAGCCAACAACCAUCACGAAGCGGAUGAUGAUCUGUUCGCCGGCGAGGAAUUCCGGUGAGAAAUCGGCGGAGGCAGAAACCGACGGUGGAUCUAGCACCGCCGUGGAUGAAGCACCUACAGAUUCUCCAUCUUUAAUCUCAGCUCUCAACGUCGAACGUGCUCUCCGUGGCCUUCCGAUUACAGAUGUGGAUCACUACGGUCGGCUUGGGCUUUCCAGAAAUUGUUCUUAUGAUCAGGUUAGAAUUGGUUACAAAGAAAGAGUUAAGGAGUUAAAGGAACAAGGCCUAGACGAAGAACAACUCAAGAUCAAGAUGGAUCUUAUUAAAGAUUCGUAUACGAUCUUGUCGACUGUGGAAGAGAGAAGAAUGUACGAUUGGAGUCUAGCUAGAAGCGAAAAAGCAGAGCGGUACAUCUGGCCAUUCGAGGUUGACAUCAUGGAACCGUCCAGGGAAGAGCCACCGCCUCAGGAACCAGAAGAUGUAGGACCGACGAGGAUACUGGGAUACUUCAUUGGGGCAUGGCUUAUCCUUGGUGUCUGUCUCUCUGUUGCCUUCAGUCGCUAG